AUGUCACAUGAUCCACCAACUGCGGAUCUACAGAAAAAGUCCUCUUGUUCGGACAAUCAGCUGGAGCUACCAACACGUUCACUAUCAGUACAUCAUCGCAUGUGGAAUCUCAUAACCCUUGGAGCAAAUCAUGCCGCCAGUCUUAAUUGUGGUGUUACGAAUGUGUGUAACCAGUGUCGCAUCGACCGUAAAGAGAUGAGCGGGCUUCCUCUUACUAAGAUCUCCUGUCUCAGAUCGAAAACGACUGUUGGACUGAAUGCAACAGAACCAGGAUUCCCUGGCACUAUAAUCUACAGCGGUAUCAACCCCAACAGCUUUCAGCCCUGUAUUGAUGGUAAAACUAUUCCCGCUCAACCCUCCAGAGUCGGGACGAAGUUCCUGCUGUCUUUGUCUCAAAUAUUGUUGAAGGAGGAUUUACAUACUCGGACAAUUUGGAACUACGUCGGAAAUCCUCACUGGAGCAAUUGCACCACCUUUCUACAAGACAGCUCUGGAAAUUGGCUCCACAACUCCUCUAACUCCUUGUCUGCUUUCAGCCAAGGUCUCUCCCGGGUACUCUCAGCCAUGAACCAGAUCAUUACCAAUGUUUCGUAUUUCUGUUCCGUCUAUCGAGCCUUCAACGUAGCUGUGAAGAAUCAGCGCAUGUCAAUUUUGGGAUGCGGUGAAAUGCGAAGAUCCUCGAUUUUACAGCGAGUAGCAUAG